ACCAGAACAAAUGACCCUAAUCUGCGAUGCCUCUGUUACUCCUAUGGCGGAAACCCAAGAGAAACGCCUCAGAGAAGAAUCCCACGACUCGGAAACCCCCGAGUACGACGAUGCCAACUCAAACUCGAAGCGCCAAAAGCCGUACAACAACAUUCUCUCUCUUCUCGACGAAGAAGAAGUAGAUCAGGAUGAAGAACCAACCCAGGACCUCUCCGCCAUUUUCACAACCCUCGAGCAGGAAAUCUCCUCCACCACCACCGCCACCGCCGCAUCCUACGACGUCGACUUCCCGCCGUUCGAAGCUGCGGCGGAGGAGGAGGACCACAGCCAACAAACCGCCGCCGCGUGCAGCCCAAGUUCCGGCGACUACGCCGACGAAGACGACGGCGUGAAAUCGGUGAUGAGGCAUCUCCUCGAGGCCUCCGACGACGAGCUCGGGAUUCCGACCACGGAGGAUAAUUACAACAGCGUCGUUGAAAUCAAUUACUCUGAAAAUUUUCCGUUCGGUUUUUCCGAUCACGGGAUUUGGGAAAUGGAAGAUGUUGCAGCUAACUACUAUACUAUGCUGCAAUCCGAACUUUUUAUGUAGUCUUUUUGCCCCUUUUGUGGGGGGUGUUUUGAAACUAUUAGCAAAAUUCAGGGGUUGUAAAGAGAACACGGAAAGAGUUGGGGUGAUUCAGAAAAAAAAAAAUGGAUGCGGAUUUGGUGGUUUUCAUUUUGGUCCCCCUCUUCUUUCGUGGAAUUGCAUAUGUUCCCCAUUCUUUUCAGAUUAGAAUAUUUUAAUGAUGUAGGGACUUGGAAAAAAGAUAAGCAUUUGUUAAACAUGUUCAUGGUAUCGUAUAAUACAUUGCAAAU